AUGGCAAUAAAUGUUGAUUAUUAUUUGAAUCGAAUACGUUCUACAGUAACUGCUGUAGCUGCACAGGUAAGCAGUGCUUUACCUGGAAAUCCGGUAGCUCGAGAUUACGAAGUAUUGUCGCAGGUCGCAAGUGCGGGUCCAGCUCUUAGCUGGAAAAUUUACGCGGCUCAAAAACGUUCAACUAAGAAGCCUGUGUCAGUAUGGUUAUUUGAGAAGCGAAAUUUGGAGAAAUGGCCGAAAUAUGAAAGAGAACUGUUCGCGGAAAUCUUGAAGAGAGGAGUAUCACAGCUCACUCGUUUAAGACAUCCAUGUAUUCUUGUUAUCGAACAUCCACUCGAAGAAUCUAGGGAUUCGUUUGCUUUCUGUACAGAACCUGUUUUUGCAUCUUUGGCUAAUGCUCUUGGACGUUUGGAUAACAUAGCUUCACACCCGAUUUCUUUGAUUAAUUUUGAGCUUUUAGAUAUUGAAGUUCGCUAUGGGUUUUUUCGGAUUGCGGAGGCAUUGUCGUUUUUGCACAUUGAUGCGCGGAUGAUGCAUCGGAAUAUAUCUCCAGAAAGUAUAAUAAUUAAUGAUAAAGGCGAAUGGAAAUUAGCGGGUUUCGAUUUUGCUGCUCAAGGUACGCAAAGUACCAAUAAUCAGGCCACUUAUGAAAUGAUUGAGUGGAAUCAGCGUGAGAUGUCAGUUGUUCAGCCGUUGUUAGAUUAUUUGGCUCCAGAGUAUGUUGUGGGUGGUCGUUGUGAUCCAUAUGCUGAUAUUUUUUCUUUGGGAGUUAUGACAUUAACAGUCUUCAAUAAAGGGAAACAGCCAUUUGACCAUAAAAAUUCGUUGGAUAAUUUUCGUAAAAACGUCAACAAGAUGAACGCAUUAUCUGCAUCAGUUUUUGAUAAUGUUCCUGCUGAACUCCGUGAUGAUUUGAAAAUGUGUUUGAAUUUAACACCUGAACUUCGACCAGAUGCUACUCAAUUUUCUAAGAUUGUAUACUUUGAUGAACCUCUGAUUCGGACUUUAACUAGCAUGGAUUUGUUAUGUCAAAUGGAUAGCACUCAAAAAAUGAGCUUUUUCAAACAAUUGCCACAACUUCUGGCGAAAUUUCCAAAACGACCACUUAUACUAAAAGUACUCCCGCACUUGUGCGCAGAAUUUGUCGCUGCAGAAUUAGUGCCAUUCAUUCUUCCAAGUGUGUUUCAUAUUGCUGAUGUUGUUAGUAAAGAUGAGUUUGGUACAGCUGUUUUACCUCAACUUAUUCCCAUAUUUGGAAUGGAGCGCCCAUAUCAAAUAUUACUGUUGCUUUUGCAAAAUAUGGACUUGCUAUUGCAAAAAACAGAUGAAGAAGAUGCUCGCAGAUAUCUUUUACCUUUAAUUUGCAACUCUUUAUCCAGCGAUACAAUAAAAAUUCAGGAAUUGUGUCUUUCAGUCAUCCCCAAAGUUGUUACCAUGAUCGAAAGACAGACUAUGAAAACAGAAGUAGUGCCGAAAUUGCUCAAACUGAUCGUUGGAGGGAAAGAGAUGUUGAUUAUUCGGGUUCAAGCUUUAAUAUGUAUAGGGAAGAUAUUACCUCAUUUGGAGUCGUGGAUGGUAACAGAACAAAUUAUUCCAGCACUUCCCAAAGUUAAUAGUCGAGAACCAGCAAUUCUGAUGGCAAUGUUAGGUGUCUACAAAUUAGUGUUUGAAGAUAUUCGUUUCGGUUUAACUCGUGAUCAAUGCGCUAGAAGUAUUUUGCCAUUUUUGAUAUCUUCCUCAAUGGAGAAUACAUUAAGUAUUUCUCAAUUUGAACAAUAUGUCGCAUUAACGCACCGUAUUAUGGAUAAGAUUGAAAAAGAACAACGACAACGAUUACAACAAUUAAGUGCUAGUCAGGUGGAACAACGAAGCAUUGUUGAUUUUGCUGGCGUAAUUAAUCCAACAGCCACUCUUAAUACGAAUUCAUUACCAAGCUGUCUCUCAGAGUUGGCCGUCGAAAAUGCAGCAAAAAAAGAAAAAUCAGAAACUAAUACGAAAAAUGGUCUUCUAAGUCUUGCUGACAAAAAGCGAUUAGCGGCUGAAAAAGAACAAGAUUUACGUUUGCGCAGACAGCCAAAUAUUUUGCAACCAAUCAAUGUUAGCGGAAAUACACAAAUUAGCCAUACAUUAGAUUCGAAUAUUAUUACACCGACUGACUCUGCUUUUGGAAGAAUUGAAAACAGUUUAUUGGUUCCGACGACAUCUGUUUCCGCUGCUCUUAAUUCUGUAGAUCUUUCCGAAUUUUUCCCAGCUUCUUUUUCAGCAAAGGUCGCUUACAAAAACAUUGUCAAUGAAACGGACUCUUCUUGGCCAGACUCAUUUGAAAUAAAACAGAAGAACCCUCUGGAUUCAUUGGUGCUUAAGCCUUCAUUGAAUGAAAUAACUUUACCAUCUCCUCCAGUUUCUCAAAAUCUAAUAGUCAGAAAUGGUUCAAAUCAGUUUCAUAAAAAUGCAGUGGAAAAUGUUUCUAUUAAAAAAGUAAAUAAAAAGACGAAUAUGUCUGCUUUAGAUGAUAUUGUGUGUUUUCCACCAGCAUAG